UCGUUCCUCUGUUCUCCUGUUUGAAUGUUUAGUUUGUAAGUUCUAUUUUUCUCUUCAUGGCUGAUUCCCCACUCAACAACUCCUGGCCUUCCUUCUCCAAACUCUGGAUGAAACGAUGGUCCUUCAAAAGAGGCUCGGAGUGUAAGCCAUGCGCGCAGCCGAUCAGACCCACCUCCAGCACCAGCUCCUCUUCAUCUCUGUCUCCUACCUCCAUCACUGAGGGGUUCUUCUUCAGCAGCACCCCAGAGGACAAGAAUUACUGUCUGGUUGAGAGUGAUUUUGAGUGCUCGGAGAUCAGCACGGAUGACCUGCUGGAUUUGAACUCCUCUCUGAAAGACUCAGAGUAUUUCAGAGAUCUGCAGGCCAGCCCCAGCCUCUCUGAGAGCCCUCUGCCCGUUUUAUUUCCCCCCACGUGUAAACCCCAGCUCCACCCUGCUCUGUUCCUCUACCCACCGCCACCCUGUGGGCCGACCCAUACACAGUGCGACCUCACUGUCUCACCGACACUCUGCACCAUGAAUCUGCUGUGUGACCAGGGUGAGGUGACCGAGCCCGCGGUCACUGCAGAUUCCAUAGUGUCUGCAGAUGAACCUACAGCACCACAGGAGAUGGAUUUAGAUCUAGAAACUUUACCCAUAUUGGUCAGGUCGAUGUCCACUUCUCGCAGGCACAGUUGGGACGUCCCACUUUCUCCGGUGGGCCUGGGGAGGAGGUUUAGUCUGGACACCACCAGUAUGGACAGUGAUGUGGAGAGGGAAGAGGACAGUUUAGCUCGGAGCUCUCCACCUCCUUCGCUCUCUCACUCUCACAGCUCAGGGGAGGAGUUCGCCACAUCUCUAGAAACCGAGAGCUCAAAAACAUCACUGCCACCCACGUCGGGCAGGACUGUAUACGCCAGGUCUGACAUCCUGGCAUCAGACGAAAAGACCCGCGCAGAGAAAGUCUCUCGCAUUGUGGGAACUUCCAAACAGGCUGCCAGGGCCGCAGGAGAGGAGAACGACUCAGAAGAGGGUUUAGGCUCAGCAGAUGGGCAAUGUCACAUGCUGAUGGUACAGAAAGUUCUGCAAGAGCUUAAGCUGUAUCAUGGAGUCAAAGGCAGGACCUCGAGUGACGACAGGAAAGAGUCGUCUGCCAGUGUCACCUGGUAUGAGUUUCUCUCCAACGAGAACGAGGAAGAGGAGGACAGGGCCGAGAGGGCCGAGCGGGGCACCAAAGUCAAGCGCACGCUGAGCUCUCUGAGGAACCGCAUGACUGGAUCAUUCAACAAAGACAAGGGUAAGAACCGGGAAAAAGAUCAGCAGAAAGAGAAAGGCAAAGAGCGGGACAAGGAAAAAGAGAGGGAGCCGAAGGAGAAAACCCGCCGCACCAGUUUGAUUAGCCGCAGUGUUAACGGGCACCUGCUAGUUAACGGCUUGUUCUCCAGCCUGGCUACCUGCUCGCUGUGCAGCAAGAGCCUGCAGAGAAAGCAUGGCCUGCAGUGUCUCAACUGUGCUGUGAACGUCCACAAAACCUGCAAGAAUCUUCUACCUGAGUGCAGCAACAGUAAGAACAAGACAAAAGAUUUUGCACAGAAGACCACUGGGGUCAUCCAGUCCCAUAAUCUCUCCCCCAGGGAUCCCUGCUUCAUCCCUCCGCACGCGCUCGCUCCAGCUGCCGAUGGCUCCAGCCGCUCUGGCCGCUGUGCUCCAGGUAUGACCGUCCUGUCCCGCGGACCCAGCGCCCAGCCCGCCGCCCCCAGCAGUACCCAGCCGCUCAGCCACACCAGCAGCUCCAGCUCUAUUGCAGGGGAGAUGGAUGAAGUGGAUGCAUUCAGGAUAAAACGCCAUGCAGAGGAUGCCGUGUCUCUCGCUCCGUCUACUGCAGACUCCGUCAUUGUCGAAGAUGGGUACUACUCCAGUGUUCGACAGGAGCUGGAGGGAAUGGCUCAGGAUUUCGAGGUGGAGUCGUGGAGUUUGGCUGUGGAGCAACAGUUUCUAAAGAAACAUUCCAAAGACAUGAUCAAGAGGCAGGAUGUUCUAUACGAGCUGAUCCAGACGGAGAUGCACCACGUGCGCACCCUGAAGAUAAUGCUGCGCGUUUAUGUGUACGAGCUGCGUGAGACGCUGCAGCUGGACGACAGGAGGCUGGACUGCCUGUUCCCGCGUCUGGAUAGCCUUCUGGAGCUGCACAACGGCUUCCUGUCCCGCCUGAAAGAGCGCCGGCAAGAGGCUCUACAGCUGGGCAGCGAUCGCAACUACACCAUCAACAGAGUGGCAGAUAUCCUGGCUGAACAGUUUUCGGGGGAACGCGGGGAACGGAUGAAGGAAAGUUACAGCGCUUUCUGCAGCCGCCACACAGAAGCCGUCAACUUCUAUAAAGAGCAACUACAGAGCAACAAGAAGUUCCAGAACCUAAUGAGGAAAAUAAGCAAUUUGUCUAUAGUGCGGCGGCUUGGUGUUCCAGAGUGCAUUCUCCUCGUGACGCAGCGCAUCACUAAGUACCCCGUCCUUGUGGAGCGACUGCUUCAGUACACAGAAGCUGGCACUGAGGAGCAUGCGGAGCUGAGCCAGGCCCUGGAUCUGAUUAAAGACACCAUCGUGAAGGUGGACUCUCAGGUGAGCCUCUACGAGAAGGAGACGCGCCUCAAGGAGAUCGCCUCCAAGAUGGAGGCCAGAUCGCUCGGCAAGAUCAAAGACGGGCGAAUAUUUCGGAAGGAGGACCUCGCGCAGGGCAAGCGAAGGCUGCUGCACGAAGGCAUGGUCAACUGGAAGGCCGCGUCUGGCAGACUGAAGGAUAUUCUAGCUGUGCUGCUCACAGAUGUACUGUUGCUUUUACAAGAGAAGGAUCAGAGAUACGUGUUUUCUGCUGUGGACGGUAAGCCGUCAGUGAUCUCUCUUCAGAAGCUGAUUGUGAGGGAGGUGGCUCAUGAGGAGAAGGCCAUGUUCCUCAUCUGCGCCUCCUCCACCGAGCCGGAAAUGUAUGAGAUCCACACGUCCUCCAAAGAGGAGCGCAACAGCUGGAUAACGUGCAUCCGCCAGGCCGUGGACAGCUGCCCACACACAGAGGAGAGGCUGUUCAGUGAGGAAGAAGGAGAAGCGAGAGCUCAGCGGUUCAGAGGCAUCCAAGAGCGCCUUACUGUGAAGGAUGCCCAGAUCACUCAGGCUCUGACGGAGAAGCUGCAGUUGUUUGCUGAGCUGGCUGAGUCUGUGUCUGGCGUGGAGGACGUUGGAUCUCGCUCUCGCCUGCUGCUCCGUGGAGACGCCUCGGACCUCCAGCAGGGGGAGCAGCUGCUUAAGGGAGCCAUUAUUGAAGUUGAGAACCUGCAGAACCUGCUGGCCUCUGGUGUGAGAGGAGCUUCUCCACACUCUGAGGAAAACCAGAACCCAGGCUCAGGGUCCGGCAUGCUGCCCAAAAGAGCGGACACGUUUGGGGGCUACGACAGAAACCCCCCUAUGCUACAGAAGAAUGGCAGUGUAAAGAAGCUCUCGAGUGGAUCAGGAAAGUCCAGAGACAGAAAUCAGCGCGCCAGCUCUGACCCCCAGCUCAAAGAGAUCUGCGCCGGUCAGGGGCUGGAGGACAUGGAUGACACUUCCUCUCCCAGCUGGAACACAAUCUGGUUGAACUCCAAGUUUCCAGAGGCUGAGUUCUUUGAUCGGGUGUUGCUGCUCGCUCAGCGUCUCUACAGUCUGCAGUCCAUCAUCUCGCAGCAGGACAGUCAGAUUGAGCUUCAGAGAACGUCUUUGUUCUCGGCGGAACGGGACCGGCCCGGCCGGCCGCGUGGAACCAACGUACUGCUGGAACAGGAGAAGCAAAGGAACCUGGAGAAACAGCGCGAGGAGCUGGCCAACUUCCAGCGUCUGCAGGUGCAGCACCGCCAAGAGCAGACGAGGUGGGAGCGUGAACGCGAUAGGCAGCGGCGGCAGGCCGAGACAGCCGAGCAGAAGCUGCAGGAGAGAGAGGAGGAGUGCAGGAGGCUAGAGGCUCGGCUGGCAGAGGAGAGGCAGGAGCUGGAGAGGCAGAGGCAGACCUACCAGCAGGACCUGGAGAGGCUGAGGGAGUCCACACGAGCUGUAGAGAAGGAGAAGGAGAAGCUGGAGCAGCAGCAGAAGAAGCUGAAAAAGCACAACACGGUGCCCAGCGGCGCUUCCCUGUACAUCCAGGAGACGGCACAGCUCCCAGGCUCCUCCAGUUUUAACGGAGAGCUCCUGCUGGGUAACGCCGGCGGAGACUCGAGUGUUCAGCCCCGGCUGCCGGUCCGCUCCAGCCUAUCAUUGGCCCCUGCCGAUUACCUGGAGAGGCCGGAGGUUCACCCCCGCAGAGAGAGCAGCACACCCCUGCCCAUGAAGACCGAGGUGCCCAUCCACCUCAUCAGCACCACCAACCAGCACCACAAACAAGGAGUCGUCCAGCAGCAAAUCCCCACCAAACUCGCCACCAUGAAGUGCAAGGACAAGAGCAGCAAGGGCAAAAGCUCGCACCGCACGGACAGCUCAGCUUCAGUAGAUUUUAAGCUUCCUCUGAAGCUCUCAGUCAGAGACAGCGAGGGCACACUGAAGGUCCGCCGCUCCGUCAGCCCCAACCAGCAGCCUCAGCCUCCACAGACCCUGCUCACAGAUCCCCCCAGCCUGGCAGACACCUGCCCCACUGAGCCACCGCCCAGCCAGUCAGUCAGUCUGCUGCGGCCUCAGAGCCAGAAUCUGACCCCUCCAUACGCCGUCCCCGACGAGACCGCCAAGGAGGACGUCAUCUUCUUCUGAGCGUGGCAGUGCAUGCUGGAAAGAUGUGAGGAGGUUUGCAACUGAAGGCACAAGAGCACUGCGACAUUUAUUUCUCUGAAGGAUUUUUUUUUAUUUUUUUUAUUUUAGCACGGUUCCCGUUUUAAUUACUAAGGCCAACGACUCUCACUGUUAAAUGGAAAUAAAUGGUGAAGAGAAAGGAAAAAAAAAAACGUUUUAGAGGAAAAAUUCACUGCUGAUUGAGAAUCCAAAGACCAGCAAGUGAACGGGGCACAAAACGAGUGUGGAAGUGAAGUUAAAUGGAAAAAUGAAGGAAAUGAAGUGGACUCAGUCGGUCACCUUAGCACUCCUGGACUUUCGCGUAUGACGUUGCACCUUCUUUGGAUAAAAGCUGGACACAGGGAUGUAGUGUUGCCCAUCCUCGUAGCAAACUGUCCAAGUAGCUUGAAACCUUACUCAGCCAGGAAGUUUCUGCUGCGUCUGUGUGUGUAAAAUAAUUUAGUGAAGGGUUUUAUUGAAGUCAGUCAUUGAUUGUAUCGCUCUUGGAAGAAAGCUCAAGUGUGUUUUGUGCAUCUGUGUUUGGUUUUUGUCAGUCGUCAAAGCGCUCCACGUGCAGCUCUGCACCUCUUUGGCGUUUUAUUAGUCACGCUGACACCUCAUUUCACCAAAACAUGCUGGAUUUCCCUCUUCGUUCUGAUGGCAGAAUGUAGCCGGUCUUUGAAGGAUUUUCUUUUUAACCUCUAAUUCCAAGCAGCUCCUAAAUCCAGACCAGCGACAUCCAAGAAAUCUUAGCAACAUCCUUUAUUUCUAGAGGGUGCACGAUCAAAACCAGCUGGCAUUCACUUCUAGUUGGCAAUCUAGGAAAAAUAGCAGUUUUAUGACGCUUGUCUUUGUAGCCUAAUGUUUUCUUUAUAUAUAUUUAAAAAAAAAACAACUAUCCAAUAAAAAUCAGCCAACAAUUUAGCUGCGAAGGAAACCGAAUCAGAGAUAAAAUUUCACUCAUAUUUAUUUCCAUGAAAGCAGCCCUAAUGUAAUCAAAGGGAUUUCUGUAUGUUUUUAUGAAGAUAUAUUAGCCCUCGUUGUCGCAAAUUAAAAGUGAGUGGAUUUUUAUUUAACAUAGCCAGAAGAACACAAUAUAUACACAAUACCUACUGGGUAAUGAGUACAUUUCAGCUUUGUGAACCACAUUUUCUGUAUUUAAGUGCCAAAUAGUGUCCAAGCUUCAAACUGUCUAAUGUGCUUUGGUUAGGCAAGUUCAGACCCAUCAGGCCUCAGAACCCCUUACACAUAUGCUUGUGUGGACAGGGAAGUGGUCAGUACUUCACCAAUGCUGAGAUGCUUGAUAAAUAGGGGCAGCUGGUCAUAUUCAUGUGUUUUAGUUCUCAGAAGUUGUGCUAACUUGGCAAGGCAAAAAACAUUUUUGUUUUUUUUUUUUUAUUUAAAUUAAUUUU